UCGGAACGAGGGAACUAUUUAUUCUUAUGCGUCUGCGCUCUGAAGAACCAUUGGACAGAUCAUGGAGUUGGAUCACAGCAACUUGUUGAAUGAGUUUGAAGAUUUUGGUUUAACACCCAAUCUCAAAGUCUUGAUUAAAUGUUCAGAGCUGUUGAAAAAGUACGAUAUCACUGCUGAUACCCUAGUCAAUCACUGGAUUGGUUUUGCUGCCACAAAAUUAAAUAAUGAAGCUCCUUCGCUGGAAAAUUUGGGGGCAUUUGAAAAUGACCUCUCCAAAGAACUAUCCGCCAAAACCAAAAUUAAAAGUGAACCUCUGAGCGAGUCUCCAGUCAUUCACAACAUCACCACCAUCAAUCAGUUAGCUGAAGAUGAUGAGCUUCUAGUAGGCUAUGGAACACCUGCCAGGAAGUCGUCGGUGGGAGCCAAAAGGACAAGCGGAUUGGAAGGAACCCCGCAGAACAAGCGUCUAGCAGGGUUGGGUCAGGCGUACCCUGUGCACAGUCCCUCUGUAUUCUCUCCUUCCACGCCUGGCACAUCCAGCAAGUUUUCGACACGUAACAACUCUGGUGAGGUUGUUGCCAAGUAUCCAGCUGACGCGGUCCUCGACUGGACAAGAACCAACGAAAGAUGGCAACCGAAAAUUCAACUUCAUGGCACGGUCGAAACGAAAUUAACCACCAAAUAUAAUUACAUGUUCAGUCGAAUGAGAGAUAAGUUCGACAUUUUAGAAGAACAGAUCAAUGUUAUUGGAGAUUUAAUUAAAGGAAAACUUGGAAUCGAAGAAUUCGAAUCCAACAAUGUUCUCAAAUCGGAUGCUUUCCAAACGAUCGGCCGAAUCUGUUGUGAUGCGACCAGCGGCUCUCGAUUGAAUACAGCUUCAUUAUUGCUUGAAGGAACCCGAAUGAUAUCUUCCGGGCAGAGUGUUCCGCUUGAUGUCUCGCAGCUCAAGGAGUUUUCUUUUUUUCCGGGUCAAGUAGUAGCUGUUGAGGGUAGUAAUCCGACUGGAAAAAAGAUGGUAGUUACUUCUAUAACCACUCCACCAAUAAAUCCUGUCUUCAAAACCGACGUUUCAUUGGAAGGUCCCCUAAAUGUGAUGGUAGCGUGUGGGCCCUUCACGCUAUCCGACGAUUUGGAAUUUGCGCCACUUGUUGAAUUCAUCCAGCAGAUUAACACAAUCCUUCCGCACUUGGUUAUCAUUAUGGGACCAUUUUUAGAUGUCAAGAACAAAAAAGUGGAGAGUGGAGAACUUGAUCAUACCUACCAAGAACAAUUUGAAAUAGUCAUGAAAGAACUUCAGACAAAGAUCUCAAAUCAUGUACAGGUUUGUGUCAUUCCGUCGUGGAGAGAUGUUCACUACAGGGCAGUCUAUCCGACUCCCCCAUUUCAGCAAGAGAAUAAAUUACCGAAUUUCCACUUUUUCUCAGACCCAUGUGUCUUGAAUGUAGAAGGUGUUUUUAUCGCCUUGACUUCAACUGAUAUUCUCUUUCAUCUUAGCAAAGAAGAAAUUUCGGUUGCACCACCUGGUUCCGAUAGGAUGGGCCGACUGGUCUCCCACCUAUUCAGCCAACAGUCUUUUUAUCCUUUGAAUCCACCAGCCGAAGAAAUGAGUGUCGAUAUGGAACAUGCUGAUGAUUACUGCAAGCUAACAUUCACACCACAUUUAUUGGUGGUUCCCUCUGAUCUACGCUUUUUUAUCAAGAAUGUCAACGGUUGCGUAGUAAUCAACUCGGAAAGAGCAGUCAAAGGUAUUUCUGGUGGAACUUAUUCUCGACUCCAGAUCACUGGUGAAGGCUCGUCUGUUCAAGUUAAGGCCGAAGUUGUUCGAAUCUAAGUCUACGUAAUUCAGCACAUAUCCUAACUCGUUCAUAUUUUAAGUUCAUUCUCCGGUAUUCACCAACAUAUCAAAUGAAAAGCACAAGCCAAGUAAACAAUAAAUACGAAAAACAGUAA